AUGUAUGGCUACAACCUUUUUGACCAUCUCGAUGGGACCACUCCGGUCCCCAGUCACACGAUUUCCCUCGGCACGAACAUAUCUCCUAAUUCUGUCUUCUUAACUUGGUUCCGUCAGAAUCAUAUCCAGAAUGGCCUCAUGGCUUCUGUCGAACCCAUCAUUGCCUCUACUGUUGCUGUCACUGACUCAGCUAAAUCAGCAUGGGAUGCUUUGCAUACCACUUAUGCGAACAGAUCUCAAACUCAGGUCUUCAGUUUGCGUGAUCAGCUUGCCCGUGUCACUAACGACUCUCGCUCCAUCACCGAAUAUCUUCACACUAUUCGGUCCCUUUCGGAUGAGUUAGCGACUGCUGGUGCUCCUGUGUCCAAUCCUCAACUCAUCGUCAAAAUAUUUAGUGGUCUAGAUAGUGAGUUUUGUGAGAUCUCUGCUGCCAUUCGUGCACACGAUAUGGCUAUCUUCUACGACGAAUUGUUUGAAAAACUUAUAGACUAUGAACAUUUCCUUCGCCACGAGGAUGCUAAGAAACUGUCUAGUCCUAUCACUUUUGCAGUCGCUACUCCCACCAAAUGCAACACCAAAUAA